CUCAUCGCUUUUAUUGAUGGGGCUUAACGAUGUGCUCAGGUCUCUAUUGUGAGAACCCGACAAGACAAUGGCACCACCCCUAAGGGACUGGAAUCACAAUACGAUCCUCUUCCACAAUUAACAUAUUAAUGUUCUCUUAACAACCAUUUGUAGUGCAUUGUUAUAUCAAACAGUUAUCGUGGACAAGUCUUACAGUUGCGAUAUGACUAAAAGUUACUUCUGAAGUUUAAGUUGUAUACUUCACUCUCCUAAGGGAAAGAGGGUUGUUGAUCGUCAUGGACCGGUCCAAGCACAUGUCCAGGAUUGACUGUAAUAAUGUGGCGCAGCAUAGAAACCUUAUGCAGGAUAUCGCUUUGAAAAAGCAUAUUAGUAUGAUCCAGCGAGAGGGGAAACUGAUCGAGAAGGAGCUCCGGGAAAUAUCCAAAGUUAGGGCCACUCUGAUGCAGAUCCGAAAACCUCCAAAACAAAGAGUGCUAAGGACGGAGUUGCAAGAGACCGAUACUGACCACGCCGAGGUUGCGGGCCCAGGGAAUUCAGUAUCCAAGAUGGUGCGUGCGACCAGUCAAAGGCCAGGGAAAGUUAAAGUGAUGUACUCUAGCGAGAGUACGACAAGAGGUGGCUCCGUGUGGAGGAGAAAAGGAUGGAGUAGUAACGCCGGUGGUAGAUCAGCGGGACAGAGACCUCACCAAGAGACCUUAAACACCACCCGAGAUGGAGUACGCACGAACAACUCGAGUUUACGUAAAAAUGCAUACACAAGGUCUGUCAAUGGUUCAACCUCUGGGAGGUUUCAAAACCGGGGGAAUGAGACGAAAAUUUCUGUGGAUAAUUUUGGUUUGACAUCAGAAAGAUCGGUAUCGUCGCAAAAGCUAAAAUCGUGUCUCCAAAUGCCUACUCAUGUCGAUGGGAGUACUGUGGAUUGUUCUCUACCACCUAUUGAUACGAAUCCACCGAGUCCAAAAGCACAAAUCCACCGAGUCCAAAAGAAAUAUCGACUUUUACUACCGUCUGGUAACCCUUGCGAGGGCGAGCAUCCAAAUCGCUCUAAAUCUGCAAUAAUCAAUAAGAAAGACGCGAUUUCUCCCAUUCCGCCUAGAGCGGAGACGUCUAUGACUUCAGGUGCACGACUUCGAAGGGGCUCCAUCGAAAUCUCAUCGAUAGAAGCCCAGCGCGCUCUAAAUCGUGUUGAUUCAUUAGAGCAGGUGGAAAUAAGCCUUACCAUGGAGGAGACAUUGCGCAUCAAAGGAAAAUUCCGACAAAUUGGGCAUUCUAUUAUUGCCACAGCUCUGCUGAAGGGUCUCAAGUCCAGGGGAAAUAACCUAAGCACAGACGCCAUUCACAACAUGCACAAGCCUAUCAACCUUAGCAGAGCACCACAGGAAGCCCAGAAAGAUGAGGAGAAAGAAAGCGAGGAGGAUACGCCAAAAACUGGACUGUCCAAAUUCCGAAGCCUUACGCGUAAAACUAUCAACGUAAAUAGGCUAGUGUCCGUACGAGGAAGGUCGAUAUCGGACCCUGGGAACAUGCCUCACACACGGCAAAGUGAGGAUGAUGGGAAUGAAGAACAAACAAAGGACAGCCAAGUGGCGGAAUCAGCAAAACCUUGCGUCCGCAAACUUGGGCUUGCGCGCGUCACUCGUAAAGUCAUGGCAGUGAAAGCGUUUGAGAGACCACUAGCAGGUCCAAGUAUUGAUUCGGGACCUGCUAAAACCGCGCCGAGCAGACCUCUGAUGAACCCCGCCGCUGCGCUGACCAGGAGGCGCAAUCUUGUGUCAAGGACGCUAAGUGAUAACACGCACCUUUUGCACAGCACCAUACACGAGGAGGAGCAUGCGCUCAAUGACGCUACUACGCCCAGGCUGCGUGCGCAGAAAUCGGUCCGGUUCAAAGUCGAGGCCUGGGACUAGGUUGUGCGUACUAUGCCGCGCGAAACAAGUCUGCCCUGAAGAAGUCUUAUUAAAGACGAAAAUUUGGCAGAGUCGAUUUACAGUUUUUGGUGUAUUGUAUUCAUUGUUCUGGUACGAGAUCGCAACAGUUUGGGCUUUUUGAUUCUAUGCGCGAAAUAACAAUACAGUUAAUGGGAAUAAAAGUGUACACGCAAUAUCUACUUGAAUUAGCUAAUUGCUCCACUUAGUGAAGCUAUGUCUAUUUUAAUCCUGCUAUAUAGUUUAUAACCUACUUUACCUAUUGAAAGUUUAAAUAUACAUACUCAUUUGUGUACUCUACCUAUUUCUAAGAGUCUGCAGAAAUUAGUAGUUGUACCAAAAUAGUGAUGUUGAAAAAUAAUUUAUGUGUAUAUUGAUUAACUUAUUUACAUAAUAAUUGACAAAAAUAAACCCAUCUACCUUAAUUCAAAA